AAAGCCGGCUUCAGACCCGAGCGGCCGGGCGACGCGUUUCGGUUACGUUUUCGCAAGUUCGAAAUUCGAAUUCUAGUGAAUGAAGUUUAGUAUCGAAAAGUAUUGUAACGAAAAGUGUUAGUGUGUGCGUGUUGUGUAACUUUAAUGUGUAGUGGGAAGUUUUUUGAAGAAAGCAGCUACGCAUAACAUGCGCCAUGGAAGACUACAAUAUAUCCAUGGAAGAGCUCAUGAACGGCUCGGAGCCGUACCAGCCAUACUACCAACGGCCUGAGACUUACAUAGUGCCGAUCAUAUUCGCGCUCAUCUUCGUGAUCGGUGUCGUUGGCAAUGGCACGCUGGUCGCUGUAUUUGUGAGGCAUAAGGCUAUGAGGAAUGUGCCUAAUACAUACAUCCUUUCCCUCGCGCUCGCCGACCUACUCGUGAUCAUAACCUGCGUUCCCUUCACAUCCAUCGUGUACACGGUGGAGUCCUGGCCGUGGGGCGUGACGGUCUGUCGCGUGUCCGAGGCGGCGAAAGACGUCAGCAUCGGCGUGUCGGUGUUCACGCUGACGGCGUUGUCGGCGGACCGGUAUUUCGCUAUCGUCGACCCGCUUAGGAAGCUGCAUGCCACAGGUGGUAGCAAACGUGCUACCAGACUAACGGUGGCCACAGCGAUUGGUAUCUGGUUGCUGGCUGCGAUGCUCGCCACGCCGGCGUAUGUGGGCUCCUACGUGAGGACAUUUGUUGUCAAUCCUACUACACAGUUCUUGGUAUGCUACCCGUACCCCCCGGACUGGGGCGAGACGUACCCCUCCACGAUGGUGCUCCUCCGUUUUCUUGUGUACUACUCACUGCCGCUGGCCGUCAUCGCGCUGUUCUAUAUCCUGAUGGCGCGCCAUCUAGUACUGAGCACGCAGAACAUGCCGGGCGAGAUGCAGGGUACGCAGAGACAGAUGCGAGCCCGGAGGAAAGUCGCACUGACAGUCCUCGCUUUCGUGCUGGUAUUCGCCGCCUGCUUCCUACCCUCGCACGUUUUCAUGAUGUGGUUUUAUUACUGCCCAACAGCUCAGGAGGACUACAACGGGUGGUGGCACGCACUGCGUAUCAUCGGCUUCUGCUUCUCCUUCCUCAACAGCUGCGUCAACCCCAUCGCCCUCUACUGCACCAGUGGCAUUUUCAGGAAGCACUUCAACAGAUAUUUGUUGUGCCGUGGUGGCUCCGCCCGAGGCACUAGGGGCUCCAUGUCUCUGUCCACGUCCCGGAGACUGACCUCCAGCAGAAAGACCAACAUCAGCAUGGUGCCAAGAACGACCAGCGUUAACCGCGACAGCAGCAUCCGCCUUAUCAGCAACGGGUCCUCGAAGCUCUGAGGAAGGACCGGCCGGCCCCCGGCCAACAACAACGUCAGGAACGAGUUCAAGAACUACUUCAAGAGCGACAGUCUCGCGCCUUUCCCUAAAUGUUGCGAGAACGAAAACGGGACGCACAUGGAGACUAAUGUGGAUGCGAAAAGCAGUACCGAGAGCUUUUAUAUGCCUGCGGAUUAUAGGAGAUCCAGAUAAAUGUCUGGCACUAUCCCAGUAUUUUUUCUGAAAAUCCUGGAAUUCACUACAUAGCUAACCAACUUAUGUCGAUGCGAAAAACAGUACCGAAAGCUUUUAUACGGAUCCCUUUGUUUGGCAUAAUUAUUGAAAGUCAUAAUGUAAUGAUAGUCAUAUUAUCAUUAGUCAUAACUCUGAAUCCGUUAACUUUUCAGGAAUUUCCUUAGGUUACCCUAUAGAUAGGUUAGGUUAGGUUUGUUUUGUGAUAAUUCUGAAAAGUUACGCGUUCCUGAGAAAAAUUUAAUAAUGGCUAACGAAAAAACAAUGCAUUAUGACUUAAAACUUUAUGGGAAAUAGCGACAUGCUUUUAGGAGGUCCAGAUAAAUGUCAGACUAGAGUCUCGGCUUUUUUAAAUCCAAGAACACUGGACAUCCUUUUUUCAGUUUCCGAGACUUUUUAUUUUAUCUUUCCUUGUGUCCUAUAAUAAUAUGAACAAUAGUCAUGUUUUGGAAUAUUGAAACCCGAUUUUGAUUCCUAAUCAAAAUAGUGUUAGUGUAGUAGUGUUUAAAGCAAGUAUCAGGAACAUAUGGCUGUAUCUUACGAAAUUACAACUUAUUCUAAUUUUCUUUGGUCUUAUUAUUCACAAGGAACAAAUGUAAACCAACUGGAUCGCUAAAAGAGUCCGAAGGUCCGCUCGGAAAAUUAAUUCACACAACUUCUACUGUUACUUGAGAGUACUCCAUAUUUUGUUAUCCAGUUGUACAGAUUGUAAAUAUAUGUAAUAUGUGCUUGCUUGUUGACUCAAGUUGUAAGAGUUAACAAGUUACAAUUUCUAGAUAUAUUAUAUUAAUGUAUAUAACUGUUUGUAUGUGCUGAUGCUAUUUGUAAUCGUGACAACUAUACCCUUUAAAUACCUUCUUAUAUAUGGUCGAAAUAUUAUUUGUACCUAUGAAUGUUAUUGCUAAUGGCUCUUUUAUAAUAGGUUAAUUAAACAAUUAGCAGGCGAAGUA